AGUCCAAUCGAAAAGGGAGGAAAGAGGUGGUGGGGGUAGAAGCGGCGGCGCUGGCGUAUGGCAACACUGCAUUUAGAGCGAAAUUUUCGAGCGACCGGCGCGCGCGGGCAGUAUUUUUCAGCAGCGACGCGCGCGCAUUGUGUCUCUCGCGUCCGAGCUGACUGGAAGGUCUUCUCCUACCUCUCUCUCUCUCUCUCUCGCUCGCUUACUCGCUGAUUUGGAUGCAGCUGAAUUACGCGAUAAAAGUCUAGGCGACAACGCAGAGGAGAUAAGCCCGCAACGUAUCUCCAGCAGCAGUACUAGCUUACGUGGAGUUUUCGCUUCUUGAGGAUCUGAGCAUCUGAGCAUCAUGAGCAAAAGCAAAGAUUCGCCGUCGACCGAGGGAGAAACGGAGGAGGAAUACUCGGUGGAGAAGGUGUUGGACAGGAGAGUCGUCAAGGGCAAGGUUGAGUACUUCCUCAAGUGGAAGGGUUACUCCAACGAGGAGAACACUUGGGAGCCCGAGGAAAACCUCGAUUGUCCAGACCUGAUCGCCCAGUUCGAGGAGGCAAGGAAGAAGAAAGAGGCUGCUGCUGCCAGCAAGAGAACCGAAGAGAAGGAACAGAAAAAGAGGAAGAGCUCCAGCACGCCCACUCCUACCCAGUCCAAGAAAAAGGCAACAGAAGAGAAGAAAGCUGAAGGCUUUGACAGGAAUUUGGAUCCAGAGCGCAUCAUAGGUGCGACUGACUCCAGUGGAGAACUCAUGUUCCUGAUGAAGUGGAAGGGAACUGACGACGCGGACCUCGUGCCAGCUCGAAUUGCCAACGAGAAGUGUCCGCAAAUAGUCAUAAGAUUUUAUGAGGAAAGAUUAACGUGGCACAACCCCGUUCACGACGAUGAAGGCGGUCACAAACCAGAUCCAGAGUAGCCUCGUGUCCUUCGACAUAACUACACAGUCUUUUUCACAUUAUGUCACGUUUAAAAUUGUAUUUUCGCGUACAUAUUUUUUUCCCUUCUACUAUUAACAUAACAUAACUUGCUGUGCCACUGACCCAAUAUUUUUUUAAUAAACGGUCUGAGAAAAACGAAAAAAAUUAUGCUAACCUACUUAUACAAAACAUAACUUCAGUGUCACUUGAGUUAUGAUAACGCAAGCUUUUUUGUUGAGAAUUUUUCGGAUGUGAAAGCAUGUUUACAUACACAUCAAGUGUUUGAAUGUAUGGCAUUUUUAGUUAUGUUAGGUAAAUAGGUAAUUUGGUGGUAAUAUUUUAAUGUAAUGCAACAUUUAAUGUAUAAUGUAGUUUUUGAAGUAAUUGUCGAAGAUGCACAAGGGUACUUGGAAGAAUGAACAUGUGAUCUGCAAGUGAAACUUUUUUCAUUUACGGGACAAAUAUUUCUGGUGCAUAAAAGUAUUUUAAUUUUGUAAGUUAUGACUGCGAUGAAACUCUGUGAAAGAAUAUGUGUAACUGCCAGCAAUGUUGCAGCAAAAAAAGUGUAGAUAAACAUUGUUCGCUCCACUAUUUAAGGUUCGAUUAUAUAAUGCACUGCACUGUAAAAUGAACAGUAGUACAUAUAUACUAUUAAAGUGUCUCGUCGCCCUAAAA